AUGAAAAAGUUAAAAACCACGAAACCAAGGCUGAAAAAGCGCCAUAUUGAGGAUAUUCCAUUUUACCGGUUCACUUACCGAGCUGAUGACUUGCCAUUGGACCCAGCAAAGGACUUUAUUUUGGAAGAAAUUCGCAUCAUAAAACAAUUGAAAUCCACCGAAUUUCACAAUGACUACGAGUUGCAUCGAUAUCCCUACCAACUGCAAGGCAAAAAUGUCAGCGAUGGUCUCAAACUGCCCCCAAUUGAACCUCAAUCCGAACAAUCAGCGGAUUCCCUGCCCUCCUCAGCCGGUAGUUCCUCCGAAUAUUAUUGGCUGGACGAAGCAUCGCCAGUUACGGAGGAUCAAGCUUCGUCAAUUACGAAAACUCUCAUCAGGCAUCAUCGCAAUCAGCGACUUCAUACGUUACAUUCGCUCGCAAAACGUAUAAAAGUCUCUCGUGUCAAAGAAUUUUUGGAGCGGUACAAGGUUUUGGGACCAAAAAUCGGAGGAAAACGGAAAAAACUGUUCAAAAGAACGGAAAAACCGAAAAAAUAUCACUUUGAUGAGUGGGCUUUUCGAACGCCGGAAGAGACGAAUAUUGAAAGGGAGAAAAUUAAAGCUUAUUUGAAGCAAGUUGUGGAAGCGGAUUUGAAACGGAUUGAAAAAGAAAAGAUUAAGAAGCAGAAGGAAGAGGAAGAAAAAGUUAAGAAAGCGGAGAGAAUGAAAAAACGGGCAGAAAUGAGACAAAAAAUUAAUCAAUUGCCGAAUGAUAAGUACAUGCAGAGGUUGAAACGAAGGGAAAAGGAACAAUUCAAGCAUAUGCAAGCUCUGAAUCCAAUAGAUGUCGAUUUUCAGAAACAAACUGCUUUGAUGAAGUACAAAAAUGAACUUGAAACUGCUGAAGGUCUUUUCACGAAUACGAUUAGAGAUCGAAUGGUUCGACUAAUGGCAGGGAUCAACGUCUUACAAAUCGAAACCUAUCCCUCAAAAUGGAUCAUCCGAAUUUUACCGAAAAUCGACCACAAACUCACCUUUCUUCGUCGUGCUUCGAAAUUCAUCACCGAAGAAAUGAAGUUAUGGCCAAAUAUUCAUCCCGAAAUAAUGCUUUUGGAAUUUCUCUUCAACCCCGAAAACAAAAUCCCGAAACAUUUGGCAGCUUAUUUAAUUGUCCUUCUAAUGGAUUUGCAAGAAGACUAUCGAAAUCACAUCAAAAGAGGCUUCAUUAAAUACUUGCUAAAAUCCAAAGAGCAACAAAAUCAGCUACAAAUCGUCCCGGAACCCCCUUUUUAUCCCAUGAUAACAAUCAAGGCGCCAGUUCCGUGGAAAUGCAGCAUCCAAGUCGGCAAAAAUCGCCUCGAACAGGUGCUGAUGGUCAAUCAUCCGGUAAUUCAAGCGAUAAACAUGCUGUGGUACAACUUGUACAACAAUUUAAUUAUCGUCGACUCGGCAACAUUUUAUACGGGCGACGUGCCCUUCCAUGCGGAAACAAUUACGGAAAUGAUUCACACUAGUUGUCGGAUUGCACGUGAUAUUCUCGUUAAUGACUGGAUGCCACGUGUUUGCGACUUGGUCGAUGCCAUGCGUUACUUGUGGAAAGAUCUUAUCUCGUACACGUCUUCGGGCUGCGGUCGUGCCCAGAUUCUUUUUAAUUGCAUCCAUGCUCUGUUGUCACGUCAAUUGCAGGGAUUAGUGCAAAAGAGUCUCGAACACCUUUUUCAGAUGUUGGACGUGUACAAAGGUGGCAAUUUUCUCCGGGAAUAUAAUCCGGCGAGCUUAAAGUUACGACGACGGCCUUUUAUGACGUUGACAGUGUCGGUCGUGGGGAAAUACGCUGACGACGUCGAAGAUCACGCCGAUAAGAUGGACUCGGAAUUGUAUCAAAUUGAUCCGGAUGAUCCCAAUAUUUUGUCGAUGGAACUGGAUACGGAGCCAAUUAAAAUGGAACGUUCAACAUCUUAUAUAAUGAGAAAUAGUGGCAAAAUGAUAAUUGACCCAUUUAUGGAGGACUUGCCAGAAUUGUUUCGCAGCUAUUUUGUGAGCAUCUUAAAAGUUGGCUACAAAAUACCGAGACUUGAGUACUAUCUAACGCAAGACGAAGCCUUUCUUGGGUACUUGCACUACAUCCGUGAGGAUCACAUUGAUAUGUUAAAACUAUAUGACAAGAUAAAGGAGAUUGUAAAAUCUAAUCAAACGGGACCAACUACCUACUUGUAUCCAAUGUACACAUUUUAUUUUCCAAUUUUGGCAAAUAAAAUGAAAGAUAUUACGGAAUAUAUAUUUUCGCAACGCGAAAUACCAUCACUCGAGAUUUGCAAGGAGCUGAUGGAAAAAUUCAAUAAACUCUUGCAAGGCAUUUACUUUUUGCGCGACUACAUACCAUUAAAUUUGUUUAUGCUCGAUAAUCGACGAGUGAAUCGGAUAUUGGAGAAGUUGGUGAACGAGCUGAAGAAUUUCGUCACCAAUUACUUUGUGACGCUCAAUCAAGUGGAAAAUCGACGGAUUUGCGAUGAAUUUGACGAGAUGAGUUUGCAUGCGGGCGAACGACCAAAGGAAACGCCAAAAGUGGUAGCAUUACAAAAUUACUUGACAGUUUGCCGCGAGGAACGGCUGUACGCGUUGAAGAAUGAAAUCAAGGAGGUGGCGAAGCGUGUGAUGUUUCUCUUGCAUUAUGCAACACUUGAUCAGGAAGAUAUAAAUCUCAAUUCACGUACCUUCUUAUGGCCAAAAGAGUUGGAACAAGUACUCGACUUAUCUGGAGCCCGUCUCGCUGUCGUUCGAGAAAACUUGGAAACAGCUCUCAAGGAACGUCGAGCCCAAUUUGAGCAAUUUUUACUCGGAGAAAAGCGAAAAAUGGACUCGUUCCGUCUCAAAGAAGUGCGAGAGGUACUCAGCGUCGAUGACUUACAUGAACGUGUCGAAACCGUUGAUGGCUUGAUGAUCAUCUUGGAGAAAAGUAGUCGUGAAGCGAAGGAAAUUAACACAGAUGAAAAUCUCCUGCAACUUGAUCAAUCCUUCUUCCCCGUUCUAACAGACAUGAUUGAAAAAAUGGAGCCAAUCGAGAAAUUGUGGCACACCGCGUACGAAUUUGAGUCUCGCUACGAAACGUGGUACUUUGGAAAAUUCACAGGACUCGAUUCUGACGUCAUAAGGACCGAAGUCGAAGAAAUGCAUAAAACGAUGUAUCGACUAACGCGAGCUUUGGUCACGAAUCCUCAAGCAAAGAGAAUUGCCGAGCAAAUCCGCUUAAAAAUGGACAAAUUCAAGAUUUACUUACCAGCGCUCGAGGCAAUGUGUCGUCAGGGUCUCGUCGAUCGUCAUUGGAAUCAAAUCUCGGAGGAGAUGGGAGUUCCAAUUAAUCCCAAACUCUAUCCGUCACUUGGCUCCAUGAUCGAUAUCGACAUCAUGCGGAUCCUACCGAAGCUGGAGGAGAUUUCAAAUGCUGCUGGCAAAGAAUUCGAGCUCAAUAAGCAACUCAUGGGCAUGCAAGUUGAAUGGACAGAUGUCAACUUUGAAUGUUUAGCAUAUCGCGAUACCGAUGGCUACAUCUUGGCUUCAGUUGAAGACAUUCAAACAUUACUCGAUGAUCAUAUUUUGAAGGCACAAGCUAUGAGAUCGUCUCCUUAUAUCAUCGCGUUGGGUGAAAAAGCCACAGAUUGGGAAGACAAGUUGAUUUCGAUGCAAGAUAUAAUCGACACGUGGUUACGAGUUCAGUCGACAUGGAUGUAUUUGGAACCGAUUUUUAGCUCGGAAGACAUUAUGCGACAAAUGCCAACGGAAGGACGAAAAUUCAAAGCUGUCGAUAGAACUUUCAGGAAAAUCAUGAAAAGUACAAAUACUGAUCCGAGGGUCAUUCAAGCGACGGAUUAUCCGAAUUUACUGAAGACUUUUAAAGAAGCGUUUAAUGAUUUGGAGGAAAUUCAGAAGGGAUUGAACAUGUAUUUGGAAAAGAAGAGAUUAUUCUUUGCGCGGUUCUUCUUUUUGUCGAAUGAUGAGAUGCUGGAGAUUUUGUCAGAGACGAAGGAUCCGUCACGAGUGCAGCCACACAUGAAAAAGUGCUUUGAAGGGAUUGAACGUCUUGUGUUCGAUGCCAACAUGGAAAUUAUUGGAAUGCAAUCUAACGAAGAAGAAUACGUUCCGUUUAUAAGAAAAGUUGCUCCCAGCUCAGCUAAUGGUUUGGUCGAAAAAUGGUUGAAAGAAGUGGAAAUCGUGAUGAUCGAAAGCAUGAAAGAGCAAACUUGGCAAUCGUCAGAGGCUUACAACAAAGAUCUCCGCACAAAAUGGGUCUUCAAAUGGCCUGGCCAGAUCGUGCAAUGCGUCUCGUGUGUUGCCUGGACCUCUGAAGUGCAAGAAGCGAUCAAGGAAAAUGCUUUGAACAAAUAUUACGAGAAAUGCAACAAACAAAUUAAUGAUCUGGUCGAAUUGGUACGCGGAGAACUGAACAAAGCGAACACAAUUACGAUUGAAGCUCUUAUUGUGCUUGACGUGCAUGCCCGAGAUAUCGUCGCUCUCUUGGAAAAACGAAAAGUUCACGAUAUCGGAGAAUUUGAUUGGACCGCCCAGAUGCGUUAUUAUUGGGAAAUUGAUGACGAAGACAAAUCCAGUUAUGUGAGUGUCAGCAUGGUCGGGAUGGAUGUUCGUUACGGCAACGAAUAUUUGGGAAAUCAAGGAAGAUUGGUCACCACUCCGUUAACGGAUCGCUGCUUCCGAACGUUGAUGAGUGCCUUGAAAUUGAAUCUAGGAGGUGCUCCGGAAGGACCUGCUGGUACGGGGAAGACUGAAACGUGCAAAGAUUUGGCAAAAGCUGUGGGCAAAAAGUGCGUUGUGUUUAAUUGUUCCGAUGGAUUGGAUUAUAAAGCGCUUGGAAAGUUCUUUAAGGGCUUGGCUCAAUCUGGGGCUUGGGCAUGCUUUGAUGAGUUUAAUAGGAUUGAACUUGAAGUCCUGUCGGUUGUGGCGCAACAAAUUUUGACGAUUCAAAGAGCGAUAGCGAGAAAAGUCAUCAAAUUCGUGUUUGAGGAGACAACUUUGAGGCUCGAUCCGACGUGCACGGUCUUUAUCACCAUGAAUCCCGGUUACGCUGGUCGCACCGACUUACCUGACAACUUGAAAGUCCUUUUCCGCACCGUCGCCAUGAUGGUUCCCGAUUACGCGAUGAUCGGCGAGAUCACUUUGUACUCGAACGGAUUCAACGAAGCCCGAGUUCUCGCCCAAAAAAUCGUUUACACGUACAAACUCUGUUCGGAGCAACUUUCGUCGCAGCAUCAUUACGAUUACGGCAUGCGAGCUGUCAAAUCUGUGCUUUUGGCUUCUGCUGCUUUGAGACGCGCCCAACCUCAUUUGCAAGAAGCGCAAAUUGUGUUACGAGCAAUAAUUGACGUUAAUUUGCCGAAAUUUUUGGAACAAGAUGUUUCGCUGUUUGAGGGAAUUUACAAAGAUCUCUUCCCGGGAGUUGAAUUGCCGGAACCUGCGCGCGAUGACAUCGUUCGUCACCUGAAAAAUAAACUAAAAGAGAACAAAUUGCAACCGAAUUCGUGGUUUAUCGAAAAAGUCAUGCAAAUUUACGAAAUGAUUCUCGUGCGGCAUGGUUUGAUGAUUGUCGGAGCACCGAUGGGUGGCAAGACAACUGCUUACCAAACACUUGCUGAAGUCCUGAAAGAAGUUAAAAACGAUCGUGAAGCGACAAUUGAGGAAAUGAGCGUCUAUUAUCGCAUCAUAAAUCCCAAAGCAAUCACAAUGGGGCAACUUUAUGGCAGUUUUGAUGCCGUUUCGCACGAAUGGAGUGACGGCGUGUUAGCUAACACGUUCCGCGAAAUGGUCUAUAGCACGGCGAAAGAGCGAAAUUGGAUAAUUUUUGAUGGGCCUGUCGAUGCGGUGUGGAUCGAGAAUCUCAACACGGUGCUGGAUGACAACAAAAAAUUGUGUCUCAUGUCGGGCGAGAUCAUUCAGAUGACGGAUCGGAUGAAUUUGAUCUUUGAACCGGUGGAUUUGGAACAAGCUUCGCCCGCGACAGUGUCGAGAUGCGGCAUGAUCUACAUGGAACCCGCAAAUUUGGGAUGGGAAACGUUCCAUAAGACGUUCAUGCAGCAGCUGGAAGAGGAAAUGGGAGUAACGGAAAUUUAUCUUGGGCUUUAUCAGGAAAUUAUUGAUUGGUUGAUUCCGCCGACUUUGGAGAUUUUGAAGAGUUGCACCAAAGUUGUGGAGGUUUCGCCGAUGUAUUGUUACAAUUUGAUGACAAAAUUCCUCCGCCAUUUCCUAACCAAACACACAAAUUACAACCAAAACUGGUUCCAACAAACGUUCCUUUACUGCCACGCCUGGGCCUACUUUUCCACAAUCACUGUCGAAUCACGCAAAGUAGUUGACGCCUUUUUACGCAAAAUCCUCUACGGCAGCAACGACGACUACCCGAAACCCAAACACUUCACUUUGAAUCGCGGUCAAGUGUAUCCCGAAAAAUUCAACUUUCUCGAUUACCGUUUUGACGAGCACGAAACUUGGUGGCCUUGGUUAAAAGCUGAAGACGUAAAUCUCCCGGAAAAUUCUCUCGUGUCAGAAUUAAUUGUGCCCACCAAAGAAACGGGAUAUAUAAAUUAUUGGGCCGAAAUUUGCAUCACGAAAAAUAUUCCCUUGUUGCUGAUUGGUCCAACGGGAACCGGAAAGUCGGCAAUUUUGUCGGGGUACUUGCGGGACCUGCCAAAAGACAAAUAUAUCAUCAAUAAUAUCAAUUUUUCGGCCAGAACGUCGGCUCAACAGAUGCAGGAUCAAGUAAUGAUCAAAUUAGAUCGUCGUCGAAAGGGAGUUUUUGGUCCCCCAGUUGGGCGGGAAGCGGUAAUUUUCGUGGAUGACGUCGCAAUGCCGUCACGCGACACUUAUGGAUCGCAACCGCCACUCGAACUCAUCCGACAAUGGCUGGAUCAUCAUCAUUGGUCCGAUUUGGCAGACACAACAAAACUUGAACUCGUCGAUUUGCUGUUUAUUGGAGCGAUGGGACUCUUGGGCGGCAGUAAUUUCAUUCCGCAACGACUUUAUCGCCACAUGUUUGUCGUUUCCGUGGAUUCGUUCGAAGAUACGACCUUACAUCGCAUUUUUACCGUCAUCGGGGAAUGGCAUUUCCAAAAAGGAUUCCCGGAUACCGUUAGUCGUCUCGUGAAAGGACUUUCAUCGGCGUUAAUUGAAACUUACAAUAAAGUUUGCGAAACUUAUCUACCAACUCCAGCCAAGUCUCAUUACACAUUUUCCUUGCGGGACGUCACUCGAGUCUAUCAAGGCAUCGUCAUGGUGCCCUCAAAACGUCUCACAGACCCCGAAAAACUCGGGCGGUUGUGGGUCCACGAAACUUAUCGCGUUUAUCACGAUCGUCUUGUUGAUCAAAAGGACCGCGAAAAUUUGCUGGAAAUUGUUCAAGCUGCUUGUCAGUCGAAUUUGAGGUUCAGUUUGACCCAAGCGUUCGGGGAACGUCUCGGAAAAGACGAAAAAAUCACAGAUUCGCACAUCAGAGACUUGCUUUUUGGAAAUUACAUGGAACCAGAUGCCGAUCCGAAGAUUUACGACGAAGUUGAGGAUCUGAAAAAGUUGGAGAAAAUUAUGCAAUAUUAUUUGAACGAAUAUAAUCAGCUGAGUAACCAACCAAUGAAUUUGGUACUGUUUCGUUUUGCGAUUGAACAUAUCUCGAGGAUUUCGAGGGUGCUUCAAAUGCCAAGGGGACACCUGCUUCUUGUUGGGUUGGGAGGUUCAGGAAGGAAAAGUGCCGUGAAAUUGGCGUCAAGUAUCGCUGAUGCGGAGUUGAUCACUGUUGAAGUUAGUCGUUCAUACACUUUCACCGACUGGCGCGAAGACAUCAAAAACCUCGUCAUGAAAGCCGGCAUCAACAACAAACCGACAAUUUUCUUGUUCGGCGACCAACAAAUCAAGGACGAGGCUUUUAUUGAAGACGUCAAUGCUUUAUUAAAUUCCGGCGAUUUACCGAAUUUAUUCCAAACGGAAGACAAAUCUAUCAUUUUAGAGAAAAUGACGACAGCUGCAAAACAAAGUGGCAGAACUACCGACACUUCGCCAACUUCGAUGUACAAUUUUUUCACGGAACGCGUUCGAGAGUCACUUCACAUCGUUCUCGUAUUUUCCCCGAUUGGCGAUUCCUUCAAGAAACGCAUUCAGCUGUAUCCGUCUUUGAUAAAUUGCUGCACGAUCGACUGGUUUACGCAGUGGCCCGUGGAUGCGCUUCAGCGUGUCGCCGAAAAUUUCAUCAAAUCCAUGUGCAUCGAAGAGCUGGAGGAACGUUUGUCGCGUCCUUCGUCCUCGUUGGAGUUUUUAGGUGAAAGUAAAGAGGAGGAAGACACGAAAUAUCUCUUCAGGAGCAUGUCGGUGUUGGAAGAACGACUUGUCGAGAUGGUAAUGCACUUUAAUCUCACCGUCACGGAAGAAAGUCAUCAAUAUUUGAAGGAGCAAGGACGCGUAAAUUACGUCACACCGACGUCUUAUCUCGAAAUGUUGCGAUGUUUCAAGACGAUGUUCAAGAAAAAAUACACGGAAAUCACGUCGCAACGCGAUCGGUACACGACGGGCUUGGAACGAUUGGAUUUCGCCGCUGGGCAAGUCUCGUUGAUGCAAGAACAACUCCGAGAUUUGCAGCCAAAACUGAAAUUCGCGUCGGAUGAAACGGAAAAAGUCAUGGUCAUCAUCGAGAGACAAACAGCGGAAGCCGAAGCGAAAAAGGAAGUUUUGGGCGCCGAUGAAAAUGCCGCAAAUGAGGCAUCGGCAGCAGCUCAAGCUCUAAAAGACGAUUGCGAAAGUGACUUGCAAGAAGCAAUUCCGGCUCUGAAUUCCGCUUUGAAGGCACUUCAAACGUUGCGACCCGAGGACAUUACUUACCUGAAAACGAUGAAAGCCCCGAAAGAUCCCAUAAAAAUGGUAAUGGAGGCAGUUUGUGUCCUGCGAGGCGUUCGUCCCGAUCGUGGAAGAGAUCGCGAGGGGAAAUUAAUCGAAGAUUUUUGGGGACCGUCGACGAGAAUGCUUAACGAUAUUCAUUUUCUCGAUCAUUUGGCGAAUUUCGACAAAGAUAAUAUCCCGGAUGUGGUUAUUGGGGUGAUUAAGAAGAAAUAUAUCAAUCAUCGGGACUUCCAUCCGGAUAAGGUGAAGUCAAUUUAUGCUCCAGCUGAGGGAUUGUGCAAAUGGGUCAUCGCUAUGAACACUUAUAAUCAAGUGGCGAAGAUUGUUGCGCCGAAAAAGGUAGCUUUGGCAGCAGCGGAAGCGGAAUUGGCGAAUCAGAUGGAAAAAUUAAAUGCUAAAAGAGCGGAAUUGCAAAUUAUUUUGGACAAACUUCAAACCCUAAACGAUCAAUUUGCGGAAAAAACGCGCGCCAAGAAAAAACUCGAGGACGAAAUUGACAGUUGCGAGAAGAAACUCGUGCGAGCGGAACAACUUAUCGAAGGUUUGGGCGGCGAAAAGACCCGAUGGUCCGAAAAUGCAGAAACCCUCCAUCAAUCUCUCGGAAAUGUCGUUGGCGAUGUGCUUCUCGCAUCCGCUGCUGUUGCCUAUCUCGGUUACUUUAGCAUGGAAUAUCGCAUGAACAUCCUCAAAAAUUGGAAUAAAAAGUGUCUUGAGAAGCGAAUUUCUUGUUCUUCGAAAUUUUCGCUCGCCCUAACGCUGGGAAAUCCGAUGCAAAUCCGCGCGUGGAACUUGGCAGGACUCCCAACGGACAAUUUUUCGAUCGAAAACGGAAUAAUUGUCACUCAAGCCACUCGUUGGCCUUUGAUGAUCGAUCCGCAGACCCAAGCAAAUAAAUGGGUGAAAAAUAUGGAAAGAACAAAUGGGUUGAAGACGAUAAAAUUAACAGAUCCGGGAUAUAUGAGAGUUUUGGAACAAGCAAUCAAGAUGGGACAUCCAGUUUUGUUGGAAAAUGUCGGUGAAACUAUUGAUUCGGGACUUAAUACGGUCCUCGAACGUAACGUUAUUAAGUUAAAAGGUGAUCUCGUGAUUAAAUUUGGAGACACUUUUAUUGAGUACAACGAAAAUUUCCGGUUUUACAUCACAACUUGCUUGAGAAAUCCGCAUUAUUUGCCCGAAACUGCUGUAAUGGUGACUUUGAUUAAUUUUACGAUCACCGAGCAAGGUUUGAGAGAGCAACUUUUGUCGACAGUUGUCGUUGAGGAACGUCCCGAUUUGCAGGAAAAGAAAGAAAGUUUAAUUGUCGAAUCUGCCAGUAACCGCGACGCCCUUCACAAUGUCGAAACAAAAAUCCUCACUGUCCUCUCCUCAUCCGAAGGCAACAUCCUAGAAGACGAAAACGCCAUUGAAAUCCUAACGUCAAGCAAAAACCUAUCGGAAGAGAUCCAAGCGAAGCAAGAAGUUGCUGUUCACACCGAAGCCGAGAUCGACGAGUCCCGCCAACUCUACAUGCCUGUCGCCGAACACUCCGCUGUCCUCUUUUUCUGCAUCACGGAACUCGCCAACAUCGAUCCCAUGUACCAAUAUUCCAUCGACUGGUUUUUAAAUCUUUUCGUGCUGACAAUUCGCAAGGCUCCCAAGUCUGAUGUCCUCACGGAACGCAUCGUGACCUUAAAUGCCUUUUUCACCAAAUCAAUUUAUCAAAAUGUUUGUCGCUCGUUGUUCGAAAAGGACAAGUUGGUGUUCUCAAUGGUACUCACAAUCGGCCUCCUGCGUGCCAAGGGCGAAAUUAACGAUGAAAUUUUGUCGUUUUUCCUCACGGGAGGCGUCGCGCUCACGACACAGUUUGAUAAUCCGGCGCCGCAGUGGCUUUCGGAGAAAAGUUGGGGCGAAAUUGUUCGAGCCACGGAUUUGCCGACUCUGAAUAACUUUCAUCGCAACUUUUCCUUCAACGCGAACACGUGGCGCGCUUAUUACGAGUUAAAUGCGCCCGAAGAGGCUUCGUUCCCGGAGCAAUAUGCAAAAGUUGACGAUUUAACGGCUCUCGUGCUAAUUCGAUGUUUGCGCCCGGAUCGCGUCGUUCAUGCCAUCAAACGUUACAUCAUCCAAAAAAUGGGCAAGGAAUUCAUUGAGCCGCCUCAAUUUAAUCUCCAAGCGUCUUACGAGGAAAGUGACGUUCGAACUCCGCUGAUUUUCAUCUUGUCGCCCGGCACAGAUCCAAUGGCGAAUUUGAUGGCUUUCGCCAGGGAACGAAAUAUGCACGAAGCUGUGCGUUCCAUUUCGCUCGGGCAAGGUCAAGGUCCGAUCGCGAAAAAAAUGAUCUACGAAGGCAUUGAAAAGGGUCACUGGGUUAUCUUGCAAAAUUGUCACGUUGCUGCCUCUUGGAUGGGAGAAUUCGAGAAUAUUGUCACAGAUCCGGCGACUUUUAAACAUGUCGAGCCCGUUUAUCGCUUGUGGUGCACUUCGUACCCGAGCAAAGCGUUUCCGGUGUCAGUCUUGCAAAAUAGCGUCAAAAUCACGAAUGAGGCACCGCGAGGUCUGCGAAUGAAUAUGUUCCGGUCAUUCACUUCGGACCCCCUGGCAAGCGAUAGUUUCUUCACAAAUGCAUUUAGUGGCGAAACUGGCAAAAUUUGGAUGCGAGGCGUUUUUAGUUUGGUAUUUUUCCAUGCGGUGGUGCAAGAAAGACGCGAUUAUGGGCCGUUGGGAUGGAAUAUUCCGUAUGAGUUUAAUGAAUCUGAUCUCAAAAUAUCGAUAAUGCAGUUGAAGGCGUUCCUGGAGCAGUAUGGGGAGAUUCCCUUUGAUGGGCAUACUUAUUUGACGGGCGAGUGUAAUUACGGGGGACGUGUUACGGAUGACAAGGAUCGACGAUUGUUGAUGUCGUUGUUGACGAAUGUGUUUAAUCAGGAGGCGAUUCAAGUGGAAAAUUUCAGCUUAUCUCAAUCUGGAAUCUACAAAAUCCCGUUACUACCGACGAAGGAAGAAAGUUUGCGAUACAUUAAUUCACUGCCAUUGACUCAAUCCCCGGAAGUCUUUGGACUUCAUGAAAAUGCUGACAUUAGCAAAAAUAAUCAGGAAACUGACUUGCUCCUCAAUGGAAUCCUUCAAACGCAAGUUUCGUUCCUGUCCUCGAUGAAAAUAAGUCUUGACGAUAGCGAUGCAGUUGAUCCUGUCUUCACCUUAUGCGAAGAAAUCUUGGAAAAACUGCCAGAAUCCUUCGAUAUCGAUGCAGUAACAGAAAAAUAUCCAAUUGUCUACACGGAUUCGAUGAAUACUGUCCUUCGGCAGGAACUCAUUCGCUUCAACACUCUCAUCGAGUACAUCCGAAAGUCACUUUUUGAUGUCAAACGUGCCGUUCUCGGUCAAAUCACGAUGAUUCCAAGUCUCGAAGCCGUUUACAAAUCCAUGUCAAUUGGAAGAAUUCCCGAAGCAUGGGCGCGCAAAAGUUAUCCGUCGCUCAAGCCACUCGGAAGUUACAUCAACGAUUUGCUCUGUCGCUUGAAUUUCUUCCAGGGCUGGAUUGAAGAGGGCGAACCAGCGAUUCAUUGGAUUUCUGGCUUUUAUUUUACGCAAAGUUUCCUUACGGCAGUGCUGCAAAAUCAUUCGCGGAAGAAUGAGCUGCCGAUCGAUCAGUUAAAGAUGAAAUUUGAUUUUACGAGUUUUGGCGUGGAGGAAGUUCAGAAGCCACAGUUUGGAGUUUAUGUGAAGGGUCUUUACUUAGAAGGCGCUCGUUGGAAUCGCGAAACAAUGGCUCUCGACGAAUCCCAUUCACGAGUUCUCUUCGAUACCUUACCUGUCAUCGGCAUGCGACCCGUUCUCGUAUCUGAAGACACCAAAACCUCCAAAAAACUCGAAUACGAUUGUCCCGUAUACAAAACGAGCGCACGCAAAGGAGUCCUUUCCACGACAGGACAUUCGACAAAUUUUGUCAUGUUUAUCGAGAUCAACUCGUUGCAACAUCCCUCGCACUGGAUUAAUAGAGGCACUGCUUGUUUAUGUCAAUUAGAUGACUGA